AUGAUAGCUUUCAUCGUUGCUAUCAUAUUGGGGAACGUGGUGAGUCUUCUGGUGUUUCUUGGGUCAAAGCUAUUCAGAACCCCACAGGGGUAUUUAAAAGCUUCUCUGGCGUUGGCUGAUCUAGCGGUUGGUGUCUUGGUAGUCCCUUACUCUGCCUACAGGGAAAUAGCCACAUUGUUUCAAGAAAAAGACUGCAACGAGGCCCUGUCAACAGCGGUCUGGGGGUUCCACCCCUGUCACGUCAUAGGUCCUGUUUUCGCGGGCUGCACGUUCGUUUCCAUCACCACCAUUUUCCUUUUGUGCAUUGAAAGGAGUAUCACGGUGCUGAAGCCGUUGCACAAAAAUCUCUUCGUCACAAAAAAGAGGACGAUCGCCCUGAUCGCGUUUUCCUGGUUGCUGUGCUUCUUUCUAGCCGUGGUGCCAUUGCUGUUCAGCCAGAAUAUCCUUUUGCACUACAGCCCCUGCAGUAAGAUGUGCAAUUACGUGUUCUCCACCGGGGAGUCAGCGCGCACCAGCACUGGGUGGAAUGUCAUACUGCUGUUCCCAACCUUUGAUUUCUCCCUCCUGGGAGGCACCUUUGUCAUUAACUUGAUAACGUUUGCUGCCAUACGCCAAUUCAGCAAGGCCAGGAAACAGUUGGCUCAGCCUAAGGUCCAAAGCAUCUCAAACAGACCCUCGUUUUCAGACAUCAAAGCAGCGAAGACUAUCGCCAUUCUAACGGUCUCCUUUUCUGCCUGUUUCGGUCCCAUUGCAGUUUUUGUGGUGGGCAGCGUCCUAGGGUACCAAUGGUGCGAAUUUUCUUUUUACGCUUUCUGGAUUUUGACCUCCAACAGUUGCUGGAACGUUAUCAUUUACAGCGCUAGGGACCGGAAAUUCCGCCGGAGAACGAGGGAGCUGUUCUUUGGAAAGGUGCUGAAAAAGAAGCGGCGCUGCCCGGGUUCGAAUGCAGGUACUGCUGGUCAUUGCGGGGCACUGCUCAAAGAAACACUGCACCAUGAAUGCGCUUAAGUUGCCUUUCUCCUGGUUGUGCGGCAAAUGUGCCAAUUACAAAAUCCAGACGUUUUAAAUUGUGAACAAUUACUUGCUUAACAGUUUGAUAAAUGUAUGAAUUCGCUUGCUUAUUAUACAUACCAUAGUGUACCAAUAGAUUGUGAAUGGUGUGCUUUCUCGUAAUAAAAUAACUAUAUGAUGUAUUUUAAUUUUUUUAUUUUUGUGCUCCUCCCACGCUUAUUAACCAUACAAAACCAGAACAUCCCUGAUAAAACUUUACAGUGUUAAACAUGAUUCUCAAUGAGACUGCUAGCUAUUCAUUAAAUACAUCUAUAUAACAUAAACAUAAACACGGUUUAUCAUUAAGGCCCAUCCACCCAUUUACUGCAUAUUACAUGGAAGACUCGAGUUAAUUGAGUGAUGUACAGCGGUGACAGAAAUAAACU